UUGGUUUCGAGCGUUCUUUGCUUCGGUGUGAAUUGGUUCCGUGCUCUUCCGCUUGCCCUGCCGUUUCUGUGCGGUUUGAGCUGCUCGUGCGGCUUCCUUGCGAUGAUUUGGGUCUCUGCCCGUCUGGAAGUUCGAUUUUUUCCCCUUUCUGAUGUCGUUGACGUUCUUGCGUCAUUCUGAACGGAUUUAUUUUUACCUCCAGAUUUCAGUUCUGUAGAAUUUUGACGUUGUUAGUAUAUGGCAUCAUCAUGAUAGGAUUUUCUUUCCCUUUCAGUUCAGCAGAAAUUUUUUUACGUCGGUGACCUUCUGGCAUCUUUCUGAUGGAUUCGGCGUGUGCCUGUUUUAGUUUAUUUUUUCCUUUUUUCAAUGCCGUGUCAAUUCGAAAGUUUGAAUCGCCGUUGCUGUUCGGCAUAAAUGUCUUCUUUUGGUCCUUGUUCUGUUGUUGGUUAGCCGUUGCUGAUCCUUCUAGUCCAAAUUGAGUUGGGAGUCCUUCGCAUGAUUAUAUGUCGUUCUUCUUCCCUCCUUCCUGCCGUUGUUCCAUUCGUUUUCUGCAAUCCCCUCGCACUGCACUGCGUUUCGGAAAGACUUUUGCCCACAUUUGGGAUGAAAAGCUGAAAUUUGGUGCUCCCAUACUAUAACAACUUGUAAUUCACAUGCAAAAGUUGACCGCACCCCUGUGUGGCAUCGAGGCGCCGCCCGCGCAGAGGCAUGGGGGCCAUUCCUUUCCCUUGUCGAGUUCUACAGAGGCGGAUUUUUUCACGGAGUAUGGCGAUGCAAGUCGAUACAAGAUUCAGGAAGUUAUUGGUAAGGGAAGCUAUGGGGUGGUGUGCUCAGCGAUAGAUGUCCACACUGGAGAGAAAGUGGCAAUCAAGAAGAUACACGAUAUCUUUGAACACAUAUCUGAUGCUGCACGGAUUCUCCGUGAGAUCAAGCUUCUGAGGCUGCUAAGACAUCCUGACAUAGUUGAGAUCAAGCACAUUAUGUUGCCUCCAUCGAGGAGGGAUUUCAAAGAUAUUUAUGUAGUUUUUGAGCUUAUGGAGUCUGAUCUUCACCAAGUUAUAAAGGCUAAUGAUGACUUGACGAAGGAGCAUUAUCAGUUCUUUCUUUACCAACUACUCCGGGCUCUGAAAUACAUUCACACUGCUAAUGUUUAUCACCGGGACCUGAAGCCGAAGAAUAUAUUAGCUAAUUCCAACUGCAAACUGAAAAUUUGUGAUUUUGGACUGGCGCGAGUUGCAUUCAAUGAUACUCCGACAACAAUCUUUUGGACGGAUUAUGUUGCAACAAGAUGGUACAGGGCUCCAGAGCUCUGUGGAUCCUUCUUUUCAAAGUAUACACCAGCCAUUGACAUUUGGAGCAUUGGAUGCAUCUUUGCUGAGGUGCUGACAGGAAAGCCUUUAUUUCCUGGUAAAAAUGUUGUCCAUCAAUUAGAUUUGAUGACUGAUCUUCUGGGCACGCCAUCCAUGGAUACAAUUUCUCGGGUCCGGAAUGACAAAGCAAGGAGGUAUCUGAGUAGCAUGAGAAAGAAGGAGCCAAUCCUAUUUUCGCAGAAGUUUCCUAGUGCAGAUCCUUUGGCGUUGGAUCUUCUACAAAAACUAUUAGCAUUCGAUCCAAAGGACCGUCCAACUGCCGAAGAGGCAUUGGCUCAUCCAUACUUCAAAGGGCUCGCAAAAGUUGAGAGAGAACCAUCCUGUCAACCUAUCACAAAAAUGGAGUUUGAGUUUGAGCGUAGAAGAGUGACAAAGGAAGAUAUAAGAGAGUUGAUAUUCCGUGAAAUACUGGAAUACCAUCCACAAUUGCUCAAAGACUAUAUCAAUGGCACCGAGAGAACAACCUUUCUAUACCCAAGUGCUGUUGAUCAAUUUAGAAAGCAAUUUGCCCAUCUUGAAGAAAAUGGUGGAAAUGGCCCGGUAAUUCCAAUGGAUAGAAAGCACACUUCUCUUCCCAGGUCUACUAUUGUUCACUCAACUCCAAUUCCUGCCAAGGAACAGCCCCGCAUUGGCCCAUCAAGGGAUAAACCAUCUGAUGAACCCUAUAGCAAUCCCCGGGAAUUUGACAGAUUUUCUGGCAAUGCCCCGAGGACCUCACAAGCUCCACAAAGAGUGCCAACAGCAAGACCAGGAAGAGUUGUUGGUCCAGUAUUGCCUUAUGAAAAUGGUGCCACAAAGGAUUCCUAUGACGCACGGAGAUUGGCAAUGAACUCAGGGUAUCCUCCCCAGCAACAAAUCCCUCAAGCUUAUGGUUAUUAUCAGAUACCCGGUAAGUCAGCUUGUUCUGAGCUGUCGCAGGCCGAAAGGUAUACGCUGCACCAGCAGGCCUACACUUGCGCAAACAGUGCCACUGUGACUGAUGUUGCUCUGGACAUGAGAGCACCCCCGUUCCAUCUAUCAGGAGGGCCGAAAAGCGAUUCGUCCGAAAGGUUAGCAGCAGAGACAAACCUAUACACGAGAUCUCUCAAUGGCCUCGCUGCUACUGCUGCGGGAGUGGCAGCAAGUGCGCACAGAAAGGUCGGUGUUGUUCCCUACGGCAUGUCGAGGAUGUAUUAGUGCCCAACCAUGGCACAUCCUGCAUGCCCAAUGGGAGCUCUGAUGCUAGCUUGCGGCGAAGCAUUGGGAACAAAGUGGCAGUUCAAGCUAGUUUGGGCACCAAGAGCACAGGGCAAUCCAAGGUUGACGACGAUGCCUAAGAAGUUGCAUUGGUGCCCUGCUGCUCCUGUUCCUGCUUGAUCAGGAACCACCACCGGAGGUGUCAAAAGCUUUUCAACUCUCUAUUCGCUUUAGGCAAAUCAGCUUGUAUCUGCCUGUGUGUGUGUAAGAAAAUGUGCCCUUCGUUGCACACUUGAAGGGGGUAGUCCAGUGGCUUGUAAUCUGAGCAUAUUUUAGGCGCCAAUUGUAUUUCUAGGGUGAGGGGACAAAAGGGAAAGGAAGGACCACUAACCUUUUCCUCUUUUUUUUUUCUUUUUCCAAUGUUGUAUAGAGAUGUUUCUCAUAUCAAAAGUGCUACAUCAGAAUGACUUGAGAAAGAUAUAAAGCAGACAAUUGCGCGGUUUACCGUA